AUGAUAACAUUCGUGUUUGCGUUGUGGUCAGCCGCCCGGGCUCUGGGCUGGGCGUGCGAGCCGGUGGCAGGCACGCCGGACGUUGACGAGGCGCCGGUGCUGCCGCGACUGCGCUCGGCGCGAGCUUCCAGCGACCUCUCGACGCUUAGUAAUACCACCACCAGCUCUAGCCAGACCAGCAGUGGAGAAAAUCCAAAGAGUUUCGAUGUGGAGAACGGGGGAGGCGUUGGCGGGGCCGCCGGGGGCGCGCGGUCCCCGCUCGAGGGCGGCUCGCCGUCCACCGCGCUCGUGCUCCAGGCCAUGCCGCAGCGCCGCGAGUCAUUCCUCUAUCGCUCCGACUCCGACUUCGAGAUGUCGCCCAAGUCGAUGUCGAGAAACAGCUCGAUCGCCAGCGAGAGGUGA